AUGCAACCCAAUACCCCUAAGCCAAGCCCCAGCCCCAUCUCCCUCCAGCAGCAUCCCGGAGCCCCCAGCAUCCCUCCAGCAUCCCUGCCUCCUCCCCCUGGCCCUGCAACCCUCGUGGGAAGCCUGUGCUUCCGUCCACGCCCGACAACCCCGAUCCCGACCACCCCGAGCCCGACCACCCCGAUCCCGACCACCUCGAUCCCGACCACCUCGAUCCCGACCACCCCGACCCCGACCACCCCGAUCCCGACCACCCCGACCCCGACCACCCCGAUCCCGACCACCCCGAUCCCGACUACCCCGAUCCCGACCACCCCGAGCCCGACCACCCCGAGCCCGACAACUCCGAUCCCGACCACCCCGAUCCCGACCAUCCCGAUCCUGACCAUCCUGAUCCCGACCACCCCGAUCCCGACCACCCCGAUCCCGACCACCACGAUCCCGACCUCCCCGAUCCCGACCACCCCGAGCCCGACCACGCCGUUCCCCUUCCUCCCUGCCCUAAGCAAUCCAAAACCAAAACAACCCCGUCAUAUUGCCCGCCCCGCCCCACCCCGCCCCGCCCCGCCCUGCCCCGUUACAAGGCCCAUGCAGAGCUCUCUAUACAGGGAUGCAAGGAGGUAA